AUGGAUGUCAGACGUGUUUCUAACAUAUUCAAUGUUACAAAUCCAAAUUUAACAGUUUCAACUGCAGGCCAAUCAUCCGGAGAUGUUCCUACUGAUCCACCAACAUUCUCAACCACCAACGCACCUACUAUAACUAUUGCAGUUACUUCAGCUACUACAGCAGCUGCAGCUAAUAACACAGCUUUCACUGCUGCUACUAACGCCACACUAGCGCCACCUGUUGCUACUCUUGCGCCAGUUGCUGAUUCGGCGGCUGUUACGACCAAACCAAAUGGCAUGGGUUCUGGAAGCGAAGCGCUUGGAAUUUCGGUGAAUUCUAAUCUUUUAUGCUUAUUUAUUUCAUUUGGUUAUACUGAUCAAUUUCAUUUUUAA